GUCACCAAUUUGGGUGGUUUUUUUCUUUUUUAUUUUUCCUUUGAGGAAUUGUGCUUGUCGUUCCGUGAAUUGGGGUUGUUGCCUAGUCAAAGUCAUGAGGGUCUAACGGGAGCUUACCGGAGCCUAACAGGAUAAGAUCAGUUACUGGAAGACUUGACUAAAAGAGUCAGGAGAUGUUUGUCAUCUAUGAUACCACCGACUUCAAAAUUCAACGAUCUUCCCCGUACCAUUGAUAAUGGGCCACGAUCCGGCGUCCAGGAAGAGAGAUCCGUGAAGGAUAAGCAAAAUGCAUCCCUGAAUUCACAUGGGAUGUUGGAGAACAUAUAGUAAUUUCCACAAAGAUAUUCCAUGACCUAUGUUUGGCACUUUGGGUCAAGUUCGUCGCCUGCCCUCUUUUUUAAGUUUUCCGCACAUCUAUGGAUGUUCUUCAAGUGCAAAAUCUCUGUUUUCUUUUCUCUCUAUAUUUUUUUCUUUAUCUUUUUUUAUAUGCCAGUGUUUUGAUGUUUUGAAUUUCAUGGGAGUGUUUUGAACUAAGUUCAGACACUACCAGCUGAGAGAGGCAACUACAAUAACAGUGAUUGUUUCAGAAAUUUGCCUCCAAAAGAGGUGUAGAAAGAUCCAAGACUUCUCAAAAGGGGGAGAAAUUAAUCUCAAGCAACAGACAGAAUCGCAUUCAAUGAUGAGGGCUCAAGCCGGUUGUGGGAAUGGAUCUAUCAUUACUUAAAUUCCAGCUGCAAGACUUGAUCCACUCUAUAAAAGGGAACUAAAUUUUAGUGCUAGAGACAUAUAUAACUUACCCUUUUAUUCUUCCCUUUCUUUUCCAUGGCUGUCAAUUCCUAUGUUAAAACCUCUCCAAGAACGACCAUAGUUCUGCUACUCCUUGGGCUGCUGAUGACCAACCUACACCUAACAGAAGCCCAAAUAGGAGUGUGUUAUGGAACGCUUGGCGACAACCUGCCACCACCGGAAGAGGUUGUAGAGCUCUACACCCAGAACAACUUCCAAAGAAUGAGACUUUACGAACCAAACAUAGCUGCUCUGCAGGCCCUUGAAGGCUCCAACAUUGAGCUCAUGCUGGGCGUCCCAAACAAUGCCCUUUCUGAUAUUGCCGACCAAGGCAAUGCAAAUUCAUGGGUCGAAAAAUAUGUGACGAACUAUACUAAGGUCAAAUUUCGAUACAUUGCAGUUGGCAAUGAAGUGAGUCUUUCAGACUACGUUGCCCAGUUUCUUCUCCCUGCGAUGAAAUCUAUCACCAAUGCAAUCUCCGCAGCUGGCCUAGACAAUCAAAUCAAGGUUUCCACUGCCACUCAGCUUGGAGUUUUAGGGAAUUCCUACCCUCCAUCACAAGGCUCCUUCCAGACUCAAGCCCGUACAUUUCUUGAUCCCAUCAUCAGUCUCUUAGUGGAAAACCGUGCCCCACUACUAGUUAACCUCUACCCUUACCUCAGUUACAGUGCUAACACCCAAGACGUCAGCCUAGACUAUGCUCUUUUUACGGCGCCUAAUGAGGUUACGGUGCAAGAUGGGCAGCUUGGGUACCGAAAUCUCUUUGAUUCCAUGGUGGAUGCAUGUUACUCAGCGCUUGAGGAGGCUGGUGGGAGUUCGCUGGAAAUUGUUAUAUCGGAAAGUGGCUGGCCUUCAGCUGGUGGCACAGGAGCGACUCUGGAUAAUGCAAGGAUUUACAAUACCAACUUGAUUCAGCAUGUGAAGGGAGGGACUCCCAAGAGGCCUGGAAAGGCCAUAGAAACUUAUGUGUUUGCCAUGUUUGAUGAGAACAGAAAAACCCCAGAAUUGGAGAGACAUUGGGGGCUAUUUCUCCCAAACAAGCAGUCUAAGUACCCUUUACUUUGUAGGAUCCCCAGUGCCACUCAAAUUGUCUAUUCAAUUGUGUAGCUUAGCUUCAUCUGGCAUCACAUUUAUACUCUUUGGUCUAAUUUGAAUUUGAAAUCUUUCAUUUUCUAA